AUGUCCAGUGGCUCCCUGUUGGGGUCCCCAGCCCCGGGACACAGAGGGUUGGAGAAGCCACCGCGAACACCUGGGUGAAGACAGAGUGCUAUGAAGGAUGGUUGGCCCUCAGUCUGAGACGCAGCACCUGAAGACUAUCAGGGAAGACAAACCCAGAUUUAGGAACCAAGGUUGCUAAGAGACCACCUGUACUGCAUGCACUUUGUUCUAGCAAGAGCAGCCAGAGAGAAAACCAAGGAGCAGCGUGAUUUACCACUGCCUGGGAUUAAGUCAGGGAGCAGGAGAAUUUUGGCUAUGACGUGUAAAAACUGGAUGCUCAUUUCUACUACUACCCCCACAAGUCUGGAAGAUGAAAUUGUGGGAAGACUUCUAAAAAUUUUGUUUGUAAUCUUUGUUGACUUUCUGUCUAUAAUGUAUGUUGUUAUAACAUCUUAGAAAACUGACUUCCCUUACUUUACAUGUGAAUUUCAUAUUGAACUCCUGUGAAUAAAUUUUUGUAAUUUAAUAUGUUUAGUGAUUUUUGAGGAUAUCUCCAAUUAUUCAAGAAGCAAACAGGACGCUACAAUAAAAAUCAAUAUUGUCUAUUAUUUAGUACCUUAUGGUUUCUAAAACAUUCGCAUAAGUUAAAGUGGAAAAUUUUUUUCCCCCAAAUCUACAUUACUGAGUCAUAAAUCUUCUUGAUUUUUUUUUGUGUAGGGGGGAGGAUGGGCACCUGCAGCAUGUGGAAGUUCCCAGAUUUAACCUGUACCAUAGUUGUGGCCUGGGCCACUGCUGAAGCAAUGCCAGAUCCUUAACCUGCUGCACCACAAGGCAACUUCCUAAAGCCACUCACUUUCUAACAGGAUUGUUGGUUGGUAGACUGACUAAAAUUUGCAGGUAUAAUUAUGAGUGAAGUUGCUUUUUUAAGGAUGUAUGCCUGUGUGAAAUUUUAUAUGGUCUAUUUUUAACACACUCAGCUUAACAUACAAUAAUCUUUCCAUAUGAUAUACUAAUAGUUUACACUCACUUGCUUAUAUAUACAUUUCAUCUGGGUGUAAGUAUAUAUAUAUAUAUAUUUUACUUUAGAAGAAAAAUGUAGAUUGUUUUCCUUAAUCCUCAACAAUUUUAUGCUUCUAUCCACAAAAAAAUAAAGUUAGGAAUGGAAAUACCUAAAAGAGAUUCUUUUAGGAAAAUAGAACUUAUAAGAGAGGAAAGAAAAUGGUACAACCUGUGUUGACUUUCUAGUUGGGACUUAACAGUCAUAGUAUGUCACUUGAUGUAAGACUCAUGGAAUCCUAGGAGACAGGUGUUAGCUGUCCCCAUUUCACAGAUGAAGACACUGAGUCCUAGGAGAAUUAUGCUAAGCUUGAGACCCUAACUAGGAAGUGGCAGAUCCAGGUCUUGGGCCUUCAGAAUCCCUUAUAUCAUGUUGCUUCCAAAGAAAAAUAAUUACAAUAAAACAAGGGUGAUUAAAAA